GUCGUUCUGUCAAUGGGUGAUCCCUAGCAGUCGGGCGCGCCGCGUCGCGACGCUUGUGUCUCUCUCGGUGGCACAGAGGCCGCCCUCUCUCUACGUGCAUACGGAUAUAAGCGGAUCGUGGCAGCAGGAGCGUGUUGGAAGGGCCGGAGCGAGCGGCAGCUGUCGGUAGCGGUCGAUGCGAAACGGGGCUCGAUCCGAGAGGUGUCCCGCUCGAGACGAGAAGUCGUCGUGCCUACUUCCUUCGAGGGCUCGGCUACGACUAACAACCGAACUUCAUCGUCUGCUACUGGCCGUGCCGUGUACAUGCCAGUGUUCGUCGCUCGUGUCAGUAGUAAUUUUCAGGUCGGUCCACAGUGUGGUACAGUCCGUCGAGCUUUACCAUCGAGUUUCGACUCGGCACGGCCGCUGCACGGCUUUACACGACGAUUCGUCGAGUCGCCGUUUGGUUACGCUCGCGAGUGGUCGACCGUCUGCUGCUUCGUUGCUCGCGCGACGCCGACUCUCUCUCUCUCUCUCUCUCUCUCUUUCUCUUUCUCUGUCGGUGCAGUGUGCAACUGAAACGCCGUCUGUGUGUGCUCUCGCGUCUCUCGUAGGACAGGACAGGACAGGAGCGAAGGAGAGGGAGAAUGCACAGCGUUCGUUAAUACUCGCUUCCGGCACGUGGAACCGCACCGCACUCUGUUUUUCUUCGCAAGCGCAUCGCUCUGCCGUCGCUCCGAGCUUCUCUCGCGGGAGGUCAGCACCUAGGCGGCGGGUGGAAGUCGAAAUGUUGUGAUGGCUGGAACAUCACGACGUCCGAGCUCAGAGCUCGGACCUGACCUGUCUUCACCGACGCCGCCGAAGAAAUCCAAGUUCUCCGAGACGUCGGAGAUCGAGGGAACAUCCGAGAAGGAACAUGACCUGAGCACCGAGGAACUCGAGAGCGUGGAGAAAUUGGCCAGCUCGUUGUCCGAGAACACGAUCGAGUUGAUACCAAGCAGCGCGUCGGAGACGAAUCCCUUCAAGAUCAGUGAGGAAUCGUUGGCCAACACGAAGCAGCUGAUUCGAACUAACUUGGAGGGGCCUGUGAACGUGGCGGCUGGCUCUUCGAAAGAAGGACUCUUUGGUAGUUUCGAAACGAUUAUACAAAUGAAAUAUAGCGCCCAGGAAGAACUGUCUGGCAGCUCUGGCAAGAUAUUAGAGACACAUAGCGACGUGCAUGUUCAGAGUUCGUUACAUGGAGAGAAAACGUUGUACCAGGAAUUGUCAUUGAUUGGGAAUGGAGCUUAUGGUACUGUUUAUAAAGCCAAAGACCUGAACACGGGCCAAGUAGUGGCGUUGAAGAAAAUUCGGGUGCCUCUGACGGAAGACGGACUACCCACAUCUACGUUAAGGGAAAUUGCCACGUUGAAACAACUUGAGAGAUUCGAGCAUCCUCAUAUUGUAAGACUACUAGACGUUUGUCAAGGAACUUAUGUACAUUUGUCUGCUGACGAUGAAGAAAGGUCUGAGAGGAUACAUCGAGGAAUAGCGUUGUGGCUGGUAUUCGAACACCUGGAACGAGAUCUAGCAUCUUUCAUGUCGUCUUGCCCGCGGUCAGGUAUUGCGUCUCAUCUGAUGAAACAAAUAUCGAAGGAGGUACUCCAAGGAGUGGAGUUUUUACACAGUCACAGGAUCAUUCACAGGGAUCUGAAACCUCAGAAUCUGUUGGUGACUAAGGAAGGGAGAAUAAAGAUCGCGGAUUUUGGACUGGCAAAAACAUAUGACUUUGAGAUGAGAUUGACUUCUGUGGUGGUGACGCAGUGGUAUCGCGCUCCAGAAGUCCUUUUAGGCUGUUCAUAUGCCACCCCUGUUGACAUUUGGUCCGUAGGAUGUAUAUUGGCAGAAUUGAAGCGACUCGAACCAUUGUUCCCAGGUUCGAGCGAAGGUGAUCAACUCGAUAGAAUUUUUCAAGUAAUUGGAACUCCGUCGCAAGAAGAGUGGCCGGAAAAUGUGUCCCUUGGUUGGACAGCCUUUCCUUACAGACAACCGAAACCUCUUGCGGCAAUAAUACCUGAUCUCAAUGAAGAUGGACUAGAUUUAAUUAAAGGUAUGCUUGUGUUUAAUCCUCAUGGACGAUUAACCGCAGCACAGGCUCUCAAACAUCGGUAUUUCACCGAAGAUGACUCGUGAUGAUUAUUUAAGUAUUUUCUUUUCUUUUCUUUUCUUUCUCGAACAUUUUUAGUAAUAUCUCAAAAGCAGACUGACGUUACGAUAUCCAAAAAUAUGUAAGCAUAUUGUUCUUUUUUAAGGACGUCGCAGUACUUUUAUUUUUAAGCAGAUAAGUACAGUUCAUUACGAGUAUGAUACAAUAGAGAUCUUUGUAACUAUAUGUACAAGGCUUAUACAUAUUCCGUUGUCAUUUAGAAAUUACAAUUGCAAAGUAUGUUUGCUACACAUUGUGGAGCGAUCAUCGUAUUUAAGUCAUACAGCCAUUCUGUUGCAUCGUGGAAUCAUCAUAGUUUAAUUAUACGUAGUCGUUAAAUAAUGUAGAAAAUAACGGUUCUUCUGACUUGUCUGUUCUGAAUUAGACAACCAUAUAAUUUCCAUUAUUUGCGUAUCUAACGGUAACAUUAUUUAUUUCGGUAAUAGUAUUUCAAUCGUUACUUUCAUGUUCGUAAUUCUGAUGUGUCUAAUUGUAGUGACAUUUUAUUUACUUUAUACCUCUCGAGUAGAUGAUAUUUUCUUGUAGGAACAAAGUAGGAUUUAUAUAUGCGCACCAAAAAUAAUUUCGUGUAAUAAUUAACAAGGUGUGCCUUCCAAAGUCGUUGGAACGUUCGUAAUCCAUGCCUUAAUUUUCUACGUAAUUAAGCUUAACUAUAAGGACUAUUAACUAGCGUUAUUCUUGUAAGACUGGGGCCUAUUGACCCGUUAGAUUCGUCGGAAGAACAUAGGAUCUCCCAUAAAAAAACCAGAAAGUACACUGCCAUAUGUAAAACAAGUAACGAAUAGUGUUUAAUAAUGUAUUUUAUCUUAUCAGUAUGUGUAUAAAUUUUAAUAUUACGAAUAAUAUUUAUAUAUAUCUAAUUACGCACUUUGUAAAGACACAUGGAAGACGUUUAAAAAGACUGUACAAUAAAAUAAAGAUUUUAUAGUUUUAUAUAUCGAAA